AUCAUGGAGGAGGCGCCCUAUCUGGAGCUUUACUUGGACCCGUGCGCCGUCCAGGAUGACCUUGUCCCAGCCUUGUCUCCUCUGUUCAGCCCAGUUGUACCCUGUGAUGUGUACACACCUCAUUCAUCCAAUCCAGAGACAACAUUGGAGUCGCAUCUUGAAGAAGUCAAAGAAACAUCUGGUGAUUUCUCAUCUAUGGAUCUUAUCUUCCUACCAGAUGAAUUGACUCAAGAAAAUAGAGACCAGACUGUCAUUAGAAGCCAGCAUGAAACUGAAGAAAAUUGCAAAGCUCAAAGUCAUCAAAAUAAGUUGCCAUUACCUGGCGAACAGGAUGUUGAGCUGGGCUUGCACAGCAGUGGUUUACCAAAUCCCUGCGCACAUCCAUGCCCGAGUGCUGCCGACUCUGCCCAGCCCUCACCUGAGAAACCAGUCUCCGGGGCCUUGCCUCUGGCCAUAACCGCCAUGACUCCAGUGGCCCCUGCCUCAGAGUGCUCUGGCAUUGUGCCGCAGCUGCAGAACAUAGUUUCCACUGUGAACCUGGCCUGUAAAUUAGAUCUCAAGAAAAUAGCUUUGCAUGCCAAAAAUGCAGAGUAUAACCCAAAGAGGUUUGCUGCUGUCAUCAUGAGGAUUCGAGAGCCCAGGACCACAGCCCUCAUCUUCAGCUCUGGGAAAAUGGUCUGCACAGGAGCUAAAAGUGAAGAACAUUCUCGACUGGCAGCGAGAAAGUAUGCUCGUGUGGUGCAGAAGCUGGGCUUCCCUGCCAGGUUCCUUGAUUUUAAAAUUCAGAACAUGGUUGGAAGCUGUGAUGUGAGGUUUUCCAUCAGGCUGGAAGGUCUGGUGCUUACUCACCAGCAGUUCAGCAGUUAUGAGCCUGAACUAUUUCCUGGCCUUAUUUAUAGAAUGGUAAAACCACGAAUUGUGUUGCUUAUCUUUGUAUCUGGAAAAGUUGUGCUGACAGGUGCCAAAGAACGUUCUGAGAUCUAUGAAGCAUUUGAAAACAUCUAUCCUAUUCUAAAAAGUUUUAAAAAAGGCUGAGUACAUCAUUCAACAUUUUGCUGUUUUGAAUGUGUGUAGAAGUUCAGCACAAAACAGCCGGAUUCUUUUGGCUUUAAUUGUAGAUGUCCAACUGCAUUUUGACUUAUAUUACAUGGCGAUUACGUAACUGCGUCUAAGAAAUGAAAACAAUUUCUUAUUCAAAAUGACUCUUGUAUGUUUUAAAAAGUGAAGAAAAAUUUAGAAUUUGAAAGAUUUGGGGCCUUGUUAGAAUAUUAUAGCAUUAUUAAAAUUGAAUGCUCUGCUUUUGUUAUAUAAGUAACAUUAACUUGU